AUGUUCAAUCAACUGCGGCAACAGUUCUUGCAGGACCCCUGCUUGGAUCUCCAACUUGGCCAAGAGGACGGCCAGAGGAACCGAGUUCCCUUGACCAACAACUGCAAGAAAGAGUCUAACGAAAGUGUAACGAAUCGCCAAAUAGAAGGUAUACAAUCUCAUGAUUGGCAGUCACACACAGCCACACAGGGUGCCUUGUAUCAAAUCAACCAAAGACGACUCUGGGAGGAAAUACACAAGACUUCCUGUUUUGGGUUAUUGUCAUUGAAGCAGGGCAUGAACAGGCUAUCAUUGAGCGUGGAUGAUAAGCUUGUUCGGGACUAUCUUUGCACUGAGGCUAGAUUGCUGGGCUGCCAGGUACGAACUGAUGAGAUGGGCAAUAUAUUUGCCAUUCGACCAGGACGAAACAAUGCCAUACCGCCGAUCGGAAUGGGGAGUCAUCUCGACACACAACCUGCUGGUGGCCGGUUUGACGGUAUACUUGGAGUGUUGGCUGGAUUGGAGGUCUUGAGAACAAUGAAUGAGAACGAUAUUCAGACCUAUGCUCCAGUAGCUGUCAUCAAUUGGACAAAUGAGGAAGGGGUACGAUUUACUCCAGGUUGCACUGGUUCCGCAGUUUGGGCUUCUCAUAUACCGCUAGAGAUUGCUCAUGCCAUGCCAGAUACUUCAAAUACAACAACCAUGAAGGAAUCGCUCUCAUCUAUUGGUUAUCUUGGGGAGACGAAGGCUAGCCACAAAGAAAAUCCGCUCUCAGCCCAUUUUGAGCUUCACAUAGAGCAAAAUCGAAAGCUACAAGAUUCACAAAGGAGAAUCGGCAUUGUGACAAAGAUCCAGGGCAUUCGGUGGUAUCGAGUUCAAGUCUUGGGCCGUCGUGACCAUGCCGGAGCAACUCCGAUGCAGGAGCGCGCAGAUGCCUUGGUUGCGACAGCAAAAUUUAUUUCAUUCCUCGACAGGCAAGCCCUUAUCACCUCCGCAGUCGCAACAGUGGGGGUACUCAAUCUGGAACGCCCAUCAUUGAAUACAGUACCUGGCUGGGCCAGCUUUACAAUGGACAUUCGCCACCUGUCAGAGGCAACCCUGGAGAAAUUUGAGUCUGCGAUCGAUGCCAUGGCAAACUUACUUAAAGCUGAGAAUAGCGGGCUUGACUUUCAGAUUGAGCGCACUUGGCACAGUCCCGCGGUCGAUCUUGAUCCUGCUGCCAUCAAAUGCACCCAAGACGCGGCAGGCGAUGCUAUCGGAGCGGGCCAGCUCAUGGAGAUGGUGAGCUUUGCCGGCCACGACAGUGCAUUAACAGCAAUGGCGGUGCCGACUUCGAUGAUUUUCGUACCGAGUAGAGAUGGCAUCAGCCAUGCACCGGCGGAAUUCACCAGCGAACGGGACUGCGGCAAUGGCGCCCAAGUGUUAUUAGGCGCUGUUCUUAACUACGAUAGUAGACUGGAAAGUCAGAAAUGA